CCCCGCUCGCGGCGCCCCGUGCCGCGCCGCCUUUGUUCCCGGUCGCACCGCGGCUCCCGCCCGCUGCCGCUGCUCGGCGGGAGGAACCGGGGGCUUCCCCCUUCCUGGGCGGCCGGCGCGGCGCCGGGCGCAGCCCCAGCUGUCUCCGCUCUCAGCUUCAGGGAAAUACUUGCUGUAUCUGUUGAAGUACGCCAGCCAGGGGUUUUUUGUCGUCACUGACAGUACGUUAAACAGCUAAGUAGAGAGAGAACGUGUACCAGCAUUUGAGUAUAAUAAUACAUUAAACCAGCCACGUUGUCUAAGUUUAUUUUGGAGGAAGAAAACUUCAUUAGCACUUAACAGCACUUUUCCUGCAAAGCAGAAACAGGAGGGCAAAACGUUGCUUUAAAGAAACCUGAAGAUGAGUGCCCACACGCAAACUGUGGAGAAAGGACAGAACACGACACUCCUGUGCCAGGAAAGCUAUGUUUGCAGUGGGACAGAUGAAGCAAUCUUUGAGUGCGAUGAGUGCAGGAGCUUGCAGUGCCAGCGUUGUGAAGAAGAGCUGCAUCAGCCAGAAAGGUUGCGGAACCAUGAACGGACCCGUAUAAGACCCGGCCACGUCCCAUACUGUGACUCCUGCAAAGGUGCCAAUGGGAACAUAAUGCAUGCCAGUAUGACGGGCUCAAGGCAGAUUGCAGCAGUGAGGUGCCAGGUGUGCAAAAUCAACCUCUGUGUGGAGUGUCAGAAGAGAACGCAUGCUGGGGGGAACAGAAGGAAGCACCCUGUCACUGUGUACCAUGCUGGCAAAGCCCAAGAACAGGAAGAGGAGGAGGGGAUGGAUGAGGAGACCAAAAGAAGGAAGAUGACAGAGAAAGUUGUGAGUUUCCUCUUGGUGGAUGAAACUGAGGAGAUUCAGGUAAGGAAUGAGGAAGAUUUUAUUAAGAAACUGGACUGCAGUCCUGACCAGCACCUAAAGGUAGUGUCCAUCUUUGGGAACACAGGGGAUGGAAAGUCUCACACCCUUAACCACACUUUCUUCUAUGGCCGGGAAGUCUUCAAGACGUCUCCUGCCCAGGAGUCUUGCACAGUUGGAGUCUGGGCAGCCUAUGACCCUGUCCGCAAAGUGGUGGUCAUUGAUACGGAGGGCCUCCUGGGGGCCACUGUCAACCUGAGCCAGAGAACACGGCUGCUGCUGAAGGUCCUGGCCAUCUCUGACCUUGUCAUCUACCGUACUCGUGCUGACAGGCUCCACAAUGACCUCUUCAAAUUCCUUGGUGAUGCCUCGGAGGCUUAUUUAAAACACUUCACCAAGGAGCUAAAAGCUACCACAGCCCGCUGUGGCCUAGAUGUUCCUCUGUCAACUUUGGGUCCAGGUGUCAUCAUCUUUCAUGAGACUGUGUACACCAAGCUACUGGGCUCUGAUCAUCCUUCCGAGGUUCCUGAGAAGCUCAUUCAGGAUCGGUUUCGGAAGCUAAGCUGUUUUCCUGAGGCUUUCAGCUCAAUUCACUACAAGGGAACAAGGACGUACAAUCCUCCAACAGAUUUCUCUGGGCUUAGGCGAGCUGUGGAGCAGCAGCUGGAGAACAAUACUACUCGGUCACCUAGACAGCCCGGGGUUAUCUACAAAGCACUAAAAGCUCUAAGUGACCGGUUCAGUGGGGAGAUCCCAGAUGACCAGAUGGCUCACAGCUCUUUCUUUCCAGAUGAAUAUUUCACAUGCUCCUCUGUGUGCCUCAGCUGUGGGUGUGGCUGUAAGAAGAGCAUGAACCAUGCAAAGGAAGGAGUCCCUCAUGAAUCCAAAAGUCGAUGCAGAUAUUCUCACCAGUAUGAUAACAGAGUCUACACUUGCAAGGCCUGUUAUGAACGAGGGAUGGAGGUCAGUGUGGUGCCAAAAACCUCUGCUUCCACGGAUUCCCCUUGGCUGGGCCUCGCCAAGUAUGCCUGGUCAGGGUACGUGAUCGAGUGCCCCAACUGCGGCGUGGUGUAUCGCAGCCGGCAGUACUGGUUUGGCAACCAAGACCCUGUGAACACUGUAGUGAGGACAGAAAUUGAGCAUGUCUGGCCAGGGACUGAUGGGUUUCUGAAAGACAACAACAAUGCAGCCCAGCGUUUGUUGGAUGGCAUGAAUUUCAUGGCUCAGUCAGUAUCUGAACUUAGCCUGGGACCUACAAAAGCUGUGACCUCCUGGUUGACAGACCAGAUUGCCCCAGCUUACUGGAGACCCAACUCUCAGAUUCUGAGCUGUAAGAAGUGCAACACACCUUUCAAAGAUAAUGACACAAAGCAUCACUGCCGGGCCUGUGGAGAGGGCUUCUGCGAUGGCUGUUCUUCCAAGACCCGUCCAGUGCCUGAGCGAGGCUGGGGACCAGCACCAGUGCGCGUGUGUGACAACUGCUAUGACAACAGGGGCAUCCAGUUAGAUGUGGCAGAAUUGCCUUCAGAUGAGGAAGGGGGUACACUUAUUGCCAGGAAAGUGGGGGAAGCUGUGCAAAACACCCUUGGAGCGGUGGUGACAGCCAUGGACAUUCCCUUAGGUCUGGUAAAAUCUGCUGCCCGGCCUGCAUACUGGGUACCAGAUCAUGAAAUCCUGCACUGCCACAACUGCCGGAAGGAGUUCAGUAUCAAACUCUCCAAGCACCACUGUCGGGCCUGUGGCCAGGGAUUCUGUGACGAGUGCUCACAUGACCGCAGAGCGGUUCCCUCUCGCGGAUGGGAUCACCCAGUCCGAGUUUGCUUUAACUGCAAUAAAAAGCCUGGUGACCUUUAACCCCAGGCUGCUCUCCAGAUCGUUGCAAUUCCUUAUGUUCUCAGGGUUACAAAUGAAAAUGUCUGGUCUCCCUUUCGCCUUCUAACCUGUUGCAGCCAGAGUGCAUGUUUCCAGUUUCUGGCCUCCUCUCGUGUUAUAUCCAUCUUGGAACACUGGGAAUGAGCUUACAUUCAGCCUCUAGGUUUUAAUUUCCAAUUAACUGGGAAAGGGAGGGAGCUCCCUUGUAAAUGAGCAACCCAAAAUCCAGUGUAUUUUAUUCCAAUUAAAAAAAAACCAACUCUAUAUAUAUAUAUAUAUCAACUAUGUAUAAUUUAGUAUAUUAAGAAUAUGGUUGAAAAUGAAGCUUUGAGUAUUCCUAGUUCAAAUGAUGGAUGGUGGUGUUCCUUACUGUAUUGGAUCAGAGUUAUGGCCUUCUAAUUCUUCUUUUGGAAUGUCUUGCUGAUCAUGAUGUCCUGUGAGGAAGGUUUGGACUCUGCUGCCAGGAAUCUCCAGUGUUGAUAUAUGAAUUACACCUGGUAGUUCAGCCAACUCUGCAUCUAGAGGUGCUGCUCUUCUGGCCAUGGAAGAUUAAACCCAGAUUUAUUAAACUGAUAUGAGCAAUGGUCUUGCAGUGCAAGAGGUAUCAAGUUAACACAGACUCCCUGGCAGAGACCGGUAGAGCUCUGAAAGGUAAAGCAAAUCCUAUGGCACGAGGCAAAGCAUUCUGAUCUUGCCAUUUCAACUUCAAUACCAGAUCAAAAGGUAGCAGGGUUUUUCUCUCCCUGACAAUGUUUUCAUGUACUCAGGUUUUCUUCAAGUUUCUCUGUAAGAUCAUUGCAGUUAAAAGUUUUGUCUGGAGCAGAAGAAGAGAACAAGUUUUGUAGGCAAUUCUGCGAUACAAAGUUUGAGUUGUUUGGGUUGUGAUGACUUUGCUUUUCCCCCACUUCUUAAGUGAUCUUAUAGUCUCUGAAGCCUCUAUGUUCUCAGAUAUGGUUACAUAGAAACUGCACAGACUUGUCUUAGUUUCUUCUAAUAAUAUGAACUUACAAAUCAGCCUGGAAAAUGGGAACCUUUCUUCUUUGCUCCUAGCAACUGGCACUCACUGGACUUCAUCCUUUUAUGAAAGGACUGCAAUGAAUUCACUGAUUUUAUUAUGAAAAGCACCACUUUACCUAACUUAUACUGUCAUGUACUGUGGAUUUGUGGUUCCACUUAUAAGAAGUAUGAGACCAUUGUGGAUUAAACUGCCUAAAAUUCUCCCUUCUUGGCUUACAUAGACAAAAAUUCUUUCACCACAUGAGAGUUGCCUCCUCUUGGAGUGGCUGGAGUUUAAUGCAGUGUCCUGCAACUGUGGUAUUUUUUUCCCCAGCUUAAUAAAUGUGCUCUUGUGUGAUGAGAUGCCCAAAACCCUGUUUUAAGACUGUAUAAUUAAAUUAACUGCUAUAAAGAACUUUAUCUUCUGAACAAGUGUACUGACUUUCCUUGUAACAAGCGGUUCUCACUUUGUCUCUGAAAGACCAUGCUCACAAAGUGUUUGUCCCUUCACAACUACAUCCAGCCUACACAAGGAAGUAGACUUAGAAGAUGUUCCAGGACACCUUCGGUACUGGCCAAGUUUACUGCGGACUGUCUUAUGUUUUUGUAAGCAAAAGUCUGCCAUAAACUGACUGUUGUCCAAGUAAGGGCAUGAGUAGGUAGAAAUCCUCUCUUAAAAGACAUUCUGUACAUCUAGCAUAAUUCUGUGCUUCAAAGUAUUCUUUAUUUUUUUAAUGGGUGAGCAAUGUGUUCUUGGUUUGUAGGCUGUGGCCUGUGUGCUGUUUAUGCAUGUAGCUUUACUACCAUGUUAAUGCACAAAGAGAAAGCAGCCAUGACAUUCCUUGUAUAAAAUCUUUGGCAUCUGUUUCAACAA